AUGGCAGACGUGCAAAAGAAGCUGCAGGCGCUGUCUGACAGCUAUCAAGGCCUCCAGGCUGAGCUCGGAACUGCAGUAGAGGCUCGCCAGAAGCUCGAAUCGCAACAACAGGAGAACAGUACCGUCAAAAAGGAAUUUGACAUCCUCGACGACGAUGCAAACAUCUAUAAACAAAUUGGUCCAGUACUGCUGAAGCAGGACAAGACGGAGGCAGUCAUGUCGGUCAACGGUCGCCUCGAGUUCAUCGACAAACAGAUCAAGGAUAUCGAGAAACAGAUACAGGGUAUACAAGACAAGAGUGAGAAGAUCAAGGGCGAGUCGGCAGCACAGCAAUCACAGCAAGCAGCGGCAUCAUCAUGA